UAAAAAGUCCACCAUGAAGGCUUACAUAUUAAAUAAGAGUACAUGCUCACCUGUUAAAGCGUCAUUGGCAAGGGGUGGGGGAAGAUAACAAUCUGGGCGGCUGAGCUAAAAUGGUCCCGCACCCCUAGAGUAAGGUGUUCCAAAGGCAUGGGCCCACCAUAGAACAAGCCCUCUUAUGCCUGCCAAGCUCAUUGGUUAGGUGGCAGGCAAACAAAGAGGACCUGUGAUGUAGAUCUUGGAGGGCAUGCAAGACAACAUGGGUGCAGACAGUCCUUCAGAUAUCUUGGGCCUAUUUUUUUCAGGCUUUAAAGCUUAAAGCCAGCACCUUAAAUUAGGUCCAGAAAUGCAACCAUGUACCAACCUGUCCAGUACUCUCUAAUGUUUGGAUUUUAUGCCAGCCGAGGCUUUCAAGCUGUCUUUAAAGGCAGCCCCGUGUAAAGCGUGUUACAGUAGUCAAGCCAGUACAUGACCAGGAAGUGAUGUGGCUAGGCCAGAUCUCUUCAUAUAGGGUGUACCAGCUAAAACUAGUGAAACAAACUCCUGGCUAUUGAUAUCUGACUGGGGAAGCACACAAAAAUGCUUUCCUGCCAUCCCAUAGAUGCCUGAGAUGUAGGCAUGCAUUCCUUACAAGUUCUGUUUAAUUUAUAUUGCUUUUAAUGGAUUUGUAUGCUUUGGCCAGAAGCUUUGCAUCCAGCUCAUCCUGUGUUGACGAAGAACGUUUCCACAUGUCGGAAGCAACUAAGAGAUUAUUGGCAGUGCAGUCCUCUAUAUUAGCCUUCCCCAACCUGGUACCCUCCAGAGGUUUUAUACUAGUCACAACCACUAUGACUGUGCUGACUGGGAACGAUGGGAGUUGUAGUCCAAAAACAUCUGGAAGCUGCUUGAUGGACAAUGCCUCUAUACUUGUUUCUUCAGAAGUCUCAGAAGUUAGUCUUCCUGUAUAAAUUUGUACUGGAUAAUUCUUCAGCCAUAAGGGUCCUUCUCUACCCCACCCUACCCCGAAUUUAAGGUGGAAUGGUGAAGUAUCAUUGCCCCUUAGGUGCAUCCCACCAUGUUAUCUGGUCAAAUGGACUCUCAAGGUUGUUUUGUGUAUAGCUAGAGAUACUGGACAGAAUAGACAAGCAACAAUAGAGCUGUUCAACCCAGAUGCAGGUUUAUUGCCUGGAAUUUGGCAGCAAAAAAUCCAUCACUUCGAGGUGUGACUUCACCGAAAAUCUAAUAGCCAAUGGUUGUGCGGGGCACUUUGAGAGUACAAAAAGCAGCAUUAAAAUAGCGAAGAACCUUCCUUUGAGCAGCAAGGGCUCUAGUGUGGCCAGUUCGGAUGUUAUCCAGAUAAUGCCACAAAAGAUCUCACUAAAUCUGCGGCCUGGUGAUCCGACACCUUUCCAUGUGCACGUUCGGCAGGUAGAGGACUACCCUGUGGACCUGUAUUAUUUGAUGGACCUUUCCCUCUCCAUGAAGGAUGAUUUGGACACCAUCCGGAAUCUGGGAACGACGCUGGCUGAAGAGAUGGGGAAACUCACCAGCAAUUUCCGCCUUGGGUUUGGCUCUUUUGUGGACAAAAACAUUUCUCCCUUUUCUUACACAGCACCCAGAUACCAGAACAACCCUUGCACUGGUUACAAGUUAUUUUCCAGUUGUGUCCCAUCCUUUGGAUUUCGCCACCUUUUGUCCCUCACGGAUAAAGUUGACCGGUUUAAUGAAGAGGUUCAGAAACAGAAGGUUUCCCGCAAUAGGGAUGCCCCAGAAGGUGGCUUUGACGCAAUCCUGCAGGCUGCUGUGUGUGAGAAGGAGAUUGGAUGGCGGAAGGAGGCUUCUCACUUGUUGGUGUUCACUACGGAUGAUGUCCCACACAUAGCGCUGGAUGGGAAGUUGGGUGGAUUGGUGCAGCCACAUGAUGGGCAGUGUCACCUGAAUGAGGCCAAUGAAUACACCGCUUCCAAUCAACUGGAUUAUCCUUCGCUUGCUCUUCUUGCAGAAAAACUAGCUGAGAACAAUAUACACCUAAUUUUUGCAGUGACAAAAAGUCACUAUGUUCUUUAUAAGAACCUUACUGCCCUCAUUCCUGGAACGACAGUAGAGAUUUUAAAUCAAGACUCUACAAAUAUUAUCCAGCUUAUAGUCAAGGCCUACAAUAGUAUCCGAUCUAAAGUAGAGCUAACUGUUUGGGAUAACCCUGAGGACCUCAAUCUGGCUUUCACAGCCACGUGUCAGGAUGGCUUGUCAUACCCUGGAGUCAGGAAGUGUGCAGAUCUUCAGAUAGGAGACACGGUUUCCUUUGAGAUAUCAGUAGAAGCUAGGAGUUGCCCUGCCGAGAACACCUCACAUACGUUCACUAUCAGGCCGGAUUGGUUUCGGGACACUCUGGAGGUGACCGUCACCUACAACUGCAUGUGUGGAUGCACCAAACGGAUAGAGCACAGCAGCAGCAAGUGCAGUGGGAACGGCACCCACGUGUGUGGGUUAUGUGACUGUGAUCCGGGCCAUGUGGGAGCCAAGUGUGAAUGUGAAGAAGGCGAGAGUGGGAACAUGUACCAGAACAUGUGCCGCGAAGCUGAAGGGAAGCGGGUCUGCAACGGCCGAGGGGAAUGCUCUUGCAACCACUGCGUCUGCUUCGAGAGCGAAUUUGGGAAGAUCUACGGGCUGUUCUGUGAGUGCGAUGACUUCUCCUGCCCAAGAAAUAAAGGUGUAAUCUGUUCAGGUCAUGGGGAAUGCCACUGUGGGGAGUGCAAAUGCCACCGUGGUUACAUCGGGGACAACUGCAACUGCUCGACAGAGACAGGCCAGUGCCUUUCCAACGAUGGCCAGAUGUGCAGCGGCCGAGGCAACUGCAUUUGUGGGAAAUGCCAGUGCACAGAACCGGGUGCCUUUGGAGAGACGUGUGAGAAAUGCCCUACCUGCCCAGGCGUCUGCAGCAACAAAAGGGACUGCAUUGAGUGUAUGCUGUUUAACUCAGGAAGACUGGCUGACAACCAGACCUGCCAAAAACACUGCCGGGACGAGAUCAUUACUCGAGUGGAUGUUCUCAAAACUGAUGACCCUCAUUCAGUCUUGUGUGCUUACCCACUGAAGGACUGUGUGAUGAAGUUCACCUACACGGAACUCACCAGUGGAAAGACAAACAUCACUAUUCUCAAGGAACCAGAGUGUAGCAAUGCCCCUGAUGCCAUGAUGAUCUUGCUGGCUGUGGUAGGCAGCAUUGUGCUCCUGGGGAUUGUCCUCUUGGCAAUUUGGAAGCUUCUGGUCACUAUUCAUGACAGGCGGGAAUUUGCCAGAUUCCAAAGUGAGCGUUCCCGGGCAAGAUAUGAAAUGGCUUCAAACCCUCUUUACCGAAAACCUAUUUCCACCCAUAGCUUAGAUUUCACAUUCAACAAGCUUAACAGGACCUAUAAUGGUACAGUUGAUUGACAUUAUGCUUGAAGGUGGAGGAGAGAGUGGAAUGCUUGACAAUUGCUUGGCUUCCUCACCGCUUCCCAAAAAGGAAGACUGAAUCCUUUACAGUGGGACAGUAUUCUACACUUUGACUUGAAUGUCAGGAGAUGGCUUCUAUUGCACAUUGAGGACAAAUGGGUACCAGCCCAUGUGCUCUGCAGAUUCUAACCCAAGCCCUGCUGAUGUGCUGUCACUGACCUGGAGCUCUUGAUGCCUCGGAAGCGCCAACCUAUUGAACAAUGUGCCAUAUAGCAGCUUCAGCCAUAUCUUGGUAGGAAAAAAACAUGCAGGUCCAUUUCAUAGGGGUAUUCUGUCACUGCUGGUUUUUAGGGGAGGAAAAACUAGCAUUGGAGAAGGUGGUGGAAGCAUUGUUUUUUUUUAAAAAAAAAUCAUCCAGGUGUUAAACAGUUUUUAGAAUAAAUUUUUAUAUUAAAAAAAUAAAAGCAAUUGCAUAUAUGUGCUAUGAGUACACUUAUUCCUCUGCUUCCAUGAUCAAGUUUUUCUUUAUGAAGAUGUGUCUUUAAGGACUUUUUAAUCAGAAUUUAAAUUAACAUAAACAGUGAAGGCUGUUUGCUUGUUCAGCCCAUCAGUUUUAGCUUAACUUGUACACUUACAAGCUGCUCAGUUAUCUGAAAUUCCACAUUACAGCCCUUCUCUCUGUAGAUGCUGUUACUGCAGUCACAGUAGCUUUUAAGUGGCCGGAAAUGUUUUGACUCAAAACAUGCUUACUUAGGAUUAAUUCCCACUGAACUUUACUUCCAAGUACACAUGCUUAGCAUCUGGUUGUUAAUCAUUUUAACCUGAAUUUAUUUGCUCACUACGUGACCCAUGGUGAAAAUAAAAUAAACACAAGUGUGGAUACUGCAAUAUUUUCAUAAUUCAACUAACCACAAAACUUAAGAUACAUAAUCUUGGUUUCUGUUUAAUGUCACCAGUUUUGCAUGCUGGCAAAGGAGACAACUAGAGGUCCUCCAAAGGCUGCUCACUAGUUCUCACUAUAUAACACGUUAGGUUUAACUUAAUCUACUUUAACACUGAACAAUAAAGAUCUUUAAAGAAGCAUAGUGUUAAAUGUAUUAAGAUCAGGUUUCUAAAUGCUUAGUUACAGAGAGCUAGCGUAUAAAGUACUUUUGUUUUAUAAAGCUUACUGUUUGUUGGCAGUGACGUUGCAUUUCCUCUUCGCGAAGAAAUCAGCCUUAAUGCUGCGUCACCUUGUCCAAGGGGCAAAGUUGCUAGGUUCACUGUUCAAUAAUCUGUAAUGAAGAGGUGUGGCAACAGGAAAACAACUAGAUGGGCUGAAAAGCAAAAUCAAGUGAGUGGUGGGACCACUGCAGCCCCGGGAGGGAGAAUUUUCAUAUUAUUCCAUGCAGUCGACAUGUAGCAAAAUGACAACUGCAAGGCACAUGAGGUAGCCACUUGCACCUACUCCACCAAGUAACAACCAUUAGCAUCGCAGCAGCUCAGCUUUAAUAUGACAUGUAUGAAAGGUCUUAAGCACACAAAGACCAUUAUCACAAAUCCAAAUAUGAGUUUAAUGAAGUGCUGCUUCAGGUUUUUGCAAUGACUGGGAAAAAGAACAGUACUCAAAACAUUUCAUGACUCUGCAUUUAUUAAAAAAAAUAUAAGGGUCUAUACACUUCCCCUGUACAUACAAUAUUACUGCAAACACUGUCCAGUUUCAAUAUAGCAGGCAGCUGCAAAUAGAAUUUUGUUAGGACUUUAAGAAACUAUCACUCCCAAAACCUACAUGUACAGUGUAGAUACGUCAAGUAUGAACUUAAGGCUACAACUUACCUCUAAUUGUGUAGCCUAAUGCCUGGAAGCAUUUCUUGCUCCCUUAGUUGAGCCUGCAAAACAAGCCUCCAAUUUUAAAAAAGAAAGAAACUGAUAUUCUUGAGGGUUAGAGUAUAUCUAUUUAUUAUGGUAACUUAAGAGACUGUUGUAUCACAGCCUCAGUGCAGAAGGCAACAUAAAAUAAAAGGCUAGCCAAGCUACUACUGAUUCUCUCAUUCUGACCCUUACAGGUCACAAAAUGCAUUUGCCAGGAGAAAACCAAGUUAUUUUCAUUUCCUGCUAGAGCAGUAGGUGUGGACAUAGACCAAAAGGCUGUUUAAGCUUGCUACUAUGAACAGAAUUACUAUCUGCUGCCCCGCAUCAAACUGUGUUUAUUUAACAUUUUUAUACGCCACCUUUCCCUCAAGCCUUCUAAAGGCUUAAAAAUGGCAACAUAACCAAUAAGAAGAGAACAGCCCAUGACAUGUAAAAAUAGAACACUCAUCAAUCAAAGCCAGGAUUGAGGGAGGAAUGAGAAGAGUUGUACAAUUACCUGACAUACUAGAAUUUAUGAACUUCCCCUCUUAACCACAUUAACUAAUUCACUCACACAAAUAAAGUUGUCUUUUACAUGUCAUAAUGGCUGGACACAGUGGAAAAGCACUGUUUGGCUACAGAUUACAGUUAUAAAGGACAAUGUUACAAAAGGCUGAAAUUGUCCUUCACUGUUAAAAUAAACUGGCUCCAGCUUCAUCUCAAAAUGAAAGUGUAAAGCAGCCAAAUUAAAGGUGGGGUGGAAACUUGGAAACAACAACAAUUAGGUACUGCAAAGCACCUCAUGCCACUUACAUCUUCUGAAUGAAAUGGCCAAUGAACACUUCAACAGAGAAAGGGACAGAUCUACAGAAUUUAAAUGGCUAUCAAGUGUUUGUGUUGAUUCCUAUAAUAAUCUGUAAUGAGCAUUUCAAUAACAGCCAAUUAUGGAGAAUCACUGUUAUUAGGGUAGCUGGCUCAGAGCCUAGUAUUGAAUGAAGUAACAAUCUCUGAUGGAUUUGGUUCUUCAACAAGUACUGUAAGCCAGUAAAUAACUGCAGAAUGAAUAUUUUUGCCAUUAUUGCCACUUUUCAUCAUUAAGCUACUGCAUUUCCUUUCCUUGACACAAAUGUUUGCCAAGCAACCAGUCUAACAAGAAAUAUCACCUGAUGACCACAACGCCAAAGACUGCAUCAGCUUAAAUGUAUAAAAGUCAAAUCUAGGCACUUAAAAACCCCUCACUUAUUUUACAACAAAGAUACAAUUAAGAAAUUCAAGUUGUUUUAUAAACUAGCGGAGGUUAGCACAUCGGGCGCCUGUCUCCCUGUAAUUCAUUCACUGCCUCAGCUAAGAAUGCCUAUGGUAUAUAAUGCAAACGAGGCUUUUCUAAAAACACGCACAAACAAAUUGUGACCUAGUUCUCAUGUUGCUAACAUAUGGAAGGAAGCCAAGGAAUGUAAAAUUAGAGAUUAUAGGAGACAUUAACCCUGGACACAGAUUUCUUUACAGAGAUGUGCCUGAAUGAAAAGCAUUGUUCUCUUGGCCACUUCCAAAACCAUGCCAAUUAAGG